GCUGUUUUUGGCAUUGUUCUCGGAGUAUGAGAUUAGAAGAGUAGCGAGAAAGGCAGGCUAAAAGAGACGAGUAUCCAGACAGGCAUUGGGAACGCACUGACGCGGUGAACAAUUCUGCUUUCAAACCACCUGAAAUGAUGCUGAUUUUCCUGCUUUUUUGGCUGAGCUUGUCAACAACAAGCGCAGCUCCUAACCUAAGGAAAGCACCCACUGAGGCACCUAUUCUAGUCACCGUGCCGCCAACUGAGGCUAGAUCCCACUUUGCCAUGUUAGAUGACGUACGACUCCUGGCUAACGGUCUGCUCCAGCUCGGCCAGAGCCUCAGAGAGUUUGUGCACAAGACCAAGUCUCAAAUCAACGACAUCUUCCAGAAGCUCAACAUCUUUGAUCGCUCCUUCUACCAGCUCUCAGUGGUCACCAGUGAAAUCAAAGAAGAGGAGGAGAAGUUGAAGGAGACAACCAUAUAUUUGAAGGUCAAUAAUGAGGAGAUCAGAAACUUGUCUCUGGAGAUCAACUCCAAAAUCAACAACAUCCUCCAAGAGCGAAGCCAGUUGCACAGCAAGGUUGGUGGGCUGGAGGAGAAGCUGAAGGGCUUGUCUGUGAGCAUGAUGCCUUUGGAGCAACUUCAAGAGAUUACUGCGUUGAAGGAUGUGAUUGAAACACAAGAAAGGACCAUUACUGAUCUGCUUAAAUCUGUUAAAGAGCAACACGAACAGCUCAAUUACCAGAAGAUCAAAAUUAAGAGUCUUGAGGAAAAGCUGAACUAUGAUUCUUUUCAAGAAACAGCUGAAAAACCUUUGGAUUUAAACCCAGAAACACCUGACCCUUUUCGUUAUUUAAAAAUUAACUCCACCAAUGGAACUGCGGAAAUAAAUGACUUUCCAAAGGACUGCAGUGAUGUGUUCAAAAGAGGCCAGAGGACCAGUGGAAUUUACCCAAUCAAACCCAAUCAAUCUGAGCCUUUCUAUGUUUAUUGUGAGAUAAGUGCUGAUGGUGCAGCCACAGUCAUUCAGAGGAGGGAGGAUGGUUCUGUUGACUUUGAACAGUCAUGGGAAAAAUACGAAAAUGGAUUUGGCAAACUGGAGAAGGAGUUCUGGCUUGGCUUGGCGAAGAUUCAUUCCAUUGCUCAACAAGGACAAUACAUUUUACACAUCGAACUGGAAGACUGGAAGGAGGAAAAGAGAUUCAUAGAGUACACAUUCACCCUGGAAGGUCCAGCAUCUGAUUAUGCUCUUCACGUGGCACCCCUCUCUGGAGAUCUGCCUGAUGCCAUGAGCAACCACACUGGCAUGAAGUUCUCAACCAAGGACAGAGACAACGAUAAUCACGACGAGUCAAACUGCGCCCGGAACUACACAGGAGGUUGGUGGUUUGAUGCAUGUGGGGACACCAACUUAAACGGGAGAUACACUUGGAUGAGGUUGAGAGCUCGGCACCAGCGCAGGAAAGGAAUCUACUGGAGACCAGCCAGAGGAAGCUCCUACACCCUCAAAUCCACAAAGAUCACCAUCAGACCAUCAACCCAGUUUCAAUAAUCCUUGACCCUAUAUUCUCCAUUGUGUAAUUCAGAAUAAAUCCGAGGGGUCA